GCGGCCGGAGGACCAGCGACGAUGGAGCGAGCAAGGGAUCGCUUACACCUGAGACGCACCACGGAACAGCACGUGCCGGAAGUGGAAGUCCAGGUCAAACGCAGAAGGACAGCGUCACUGAGCAGGCAAGAGUGUCCAGGGUACCCAAGGCGGUCUCAGCAGCAGCAAGUCCCUGUUGUGGAUUUCCAGGCAGAACUAAGGCAGGCCUUCUUAGCUGAGACACCAAGAGGCGGUUAAAGCAGCACUGAACAUUGAGGCUCCCCUCUGACGCUGCUGCCCCACACGCCGGCUCUCGGAGAGCCACGUCAGACCUUUGUCUGUAGCAUCCUCUAGGUCUCCAGGACCCUUACAUUUUACUGUGGACAUCGAGUUUGGUGGAGCA